UACAAGACUAAUAGAACCUCCAUUUCCAAAGUCUUCGAAUCCCAUGUUAGUUUUCUUCUCCUUGACCUUACAAAACAAAUCUUAAAAAUGACAGAAAAUACUAAUCACCUUGACCAUUUGAAUUCCUCUUUCAAAAUUAUGCCCUCCAAUCUAAUUCAUAAUUCACACCUUAAAAACAUCUUUUCAAUCUAGAUUUUCAAGUACCUUUUGGCGAUUUAUUGACAGUUUCGUGAUUCGUUUUUAGCAGACAAGAAGGAAAAUAAAAAAGCAAGAAAGAAAGAAAAGAAUUAAGGAAGGAAAGGUUUAAGGCAGAAAGAGAGAUGGGAUGCUUUGUACCUUUUAACAACAGGAAUUUGGAUAUAAGCUUUUUUGUGCUCAGGCCAACAGCUGUGCUGGUUGAUGAGAUUGUUGGGUCUCUUAAGCAAUUUUCUGGAAGCACUGAGAGUCUCGGUUGUGUGCAGAGUUCCAUUUUCAAAAGCAUCCAUGGAAAUAUGAUCAUAUGGUAUGGAGCAUGGAUCAAGAAAUCCAGUCAAAACAAAGACUUAUUGACUGCGGUCCUUCUAUCAAUGCUGACAAAAGCAACAUCAAGCAUAGCAAUCUUAAGCGAACAUGGAUUCUUCGAUGCAUACGCGGGAGAGUCGAGAGACGGCUCAGCUGCCGCAAAAUUUUCAACAGGAGAUACAAUCUCCAUGAACAUAAUAUCACCCCACCAGUCCAGGAGCAACAAUAUCAACGACCUUUCCUAUGCAAAUUUAGCACUGUUCAAAUCAAGAUUCCUGAAGAUGGAAGGUGCAAAUGCAGGAGUUUGCUUGAACUGCCAAAGCAUCCCAAGAGUGGCAUGUCUUUAUGUGUGGAGAUCCCUCCAUUUUUGUUACUCGUGGAUCAUAACUUCUGACCACAGGAAGACAGUGCUUCCAUACCUCGAACGUUUCUCUCUUGAUGUUAAGUAUGACAUCUUCAGGGUAGUUUUUGUUAGCAGUGACAAUGUUGUAAGUUAUCCACAUCUUGCUUCUAAUAAUCAGAUGCUACAAAAUGGAGAGACUAGCAAAGAGAAAGGACAGGUAAUUGUCCAAGAUUGAACAUAUGUUUAUUCCUACUGUUAACCCUUUUGUGAAUAAUGUCUCCUGAUGUAAAUUAAUAUUUUGUUUAUAUUAAGUAAAAAUUCACGUGUUAA